GUCACAAUCAAUGUUAAAAAAGAAAAACCAAGAUGGCCUACGCAGCUGAAGGGUGUUUGUGCAGGGAUUAAGAAUUGUUGAUAUUCUGGAUGUUCUUUACCUUUGAUUGAAAGUCUGUGACAUAUCAGAAAGAAAACAAACAUAGGAAUUUAUCCUCUUUAAACGAUUUUCAGAUUUAUAACUCAGGUGUUAUAUGUUUGGUGUUUUAAUCCAAAGAUGAAAAACAACACUCGUUAGUCGAUGCAGCAAAAAGCUAGAGGCUGUGUCUGAUGAUAUUUUGUGCGGAAUGCCUCCGCUGGAGAGAUAAGCUUUGUAGCUUGUGAUUUGUGUACGUAAUGUUAGCAUCCUUACUGGAGAUUUAUCAGUCAUAAUGAAAUAUACAUACAGUUAAAAACAAAUCGAGUUUCAAUGUCUGGAAGACACGUGCAUGGAUAAAAUUUUCUGCUCCCUUUGCAUUAGGCCUACUACAUGGAACGUCUUGUUAUGGUGAUGAUUCGAGUGUGAUUACGUUGGGGAAUGAAAUUGAGCCAGAAGAAUGUGGCAUGGUGCUAAACAACCAUUGUGGAUUAAUCGCCUGGCUGGAGUCCUAUUACUGUGUCUUCUGUCAUCAGCUUUCCUCAUUGAGGCCUGCCCCCCUGGAUGCACUUGUACAACAAGAAAACCCAGGGAUGGGGCCAAAGGAAGUAAAAUUGUUUCCCCAGACUCCAGAGGUCGGUCCAAAAGUGACAGCCCUCAGGUUGCAGGCAGGGGGAGGAAAGUAGUGUGUGCAGGAAGUUUGUCCGUCAUCACGUCUGUGGCCAUGAUCAGCAGUUUACCCCUAGACACAGUCAUUCUGGACUUGAGCAGAAAUGACAUCACCAUUCUGGAGGAGGGCGGCUUCAACAGAGUGUCAUCUCUUCAAAAAUUGGACCUCAGCUACAACAAAAUUACCAUCAUAAUGAAAGGUGCUUUCCUUGGCUUAAAAGAAUUAGUGAAAAUAGACCUCUCACACAACAAGAUAGGAAGCAUUACCAGUUCCAUGUUUGAAGGUCUAACCAAGUUAGAAAAACUGAAUUUCUCCAAUAAUCGAAUUAACACUAUCCCAGAUGGAACUUUCAACAAUCUGCAUGCACUCAAGAAAAUUGAUUUCCAGUCAGAGUAUCUGAGGUGUGACUGCCACCUGCAGUGGAUCGUGAAGUGGUCUCGGGACAAAAAUGUCAGGAUCCAACAAUCAACCACCUGUGGUGUGCCUAAAGACCUCAAAGGAGUAUCCCUCAGGAGCCUCAAGAAAAAGGACUUGCACUGUGAUCGACCUUUAGAAUUACCAGAGUUUGAGAUCCUUCCUAACAAGAGCCAGGUGGUGUUUGAGGGGGACAAAAUACCUUUGAUCUGUCGUGCCUCAAUCAUCAAUAAGGAGACCCGCAUGGCGUGGCUGCGUCGAGGGGAAGUUGUGUCAACAAAUCGCAGUUUGGGGAUCUUUGUCAUUACAGAGAAAACACCAGAUAAGUCUACCAUGAUCCACACUCUGAUGUUGAAGGAUUUGACGGAGGGAGACUCGGGCGUGUGGCAGUGUAUGGUGACCACCCCCCAGGGAAAUGUCUCAACUAACAUCAACAUCCUGGUCAUAUCCAACAGCGCAGCAACAUGUCCCUCCAAAACUUCCAAGACAAAGAAGGGCGUGUACAAAUGGCCACGCACGGUGGUGGGGGUCAUCAGUGAACAGCCCUGUAAGAGGGGGAAGGGCCGGGCCACCCACCGCUGUGGUGAGAACAGCAUGUGGGAGGAGUUGAAGGUGGACCGCUGUGAAUACCUUGAAGACUUGACCAGGAAACUAGAGGCAUACGCUCAAAUGAAAAAUAAGCCCAUGAACCACUCUGAGUUCAGAGAAGUAUCUACUGAUAUGAUUAGCAUCAUGUCCAUGCCAGAGAAUUUGGAUGAUUUGACCCAUUUUAUCCUGUCGGCGCAAAUUGUGGAAAAUCUAGCCAAAAAUGUGCAUGAAAAGAGUCAGGUUUCCAGUGUGUUACAUUUAGUCAGUAUCCUGAUGAAGGAAGACAGCACGAGAUUAGAAGAGGCACAACUCCAAGACCAGACCUGUUCUAGGUUAAUUAAUGUGGUUGAAAAACUCCCCGGACACAUUGCUGCAUCCAUGUCAGAGUUCACAGAAAAUAUUGUCAUAGAAACUCUCCAACAGCCAAUUGAGGAGUUCUCUGGUGUGACCUGCAUGGCUUAUUCCCAGAUCUUCAGUUGUCAGGACAGAUACAUCAACCAGACCAUUGCAAAAGAGAACUUGCUAGGGACAGUUCGACUGCCUGCAAAUCUCUUCAACACAUCGGAAGACGUUCAGAAUUCAUCCGACACUGCCAGCCUACAGUUCAUCUUGUAUAGAAAUGCUAAGCUCUUCCCCUCCUUAACUGGAGUCCAUGAUGACCCUCAGCUUGGAACCAGAACGUUCUCUGUGGUGUCUGCCAUUGUGUCUUUUGGUUUGUCUCCUGAAGUUGUAAAUCUGACAAGUCCAAUAACCUUGACCUUUAAAGUGAAGGCGAAGUCAAAGAAUCUUCUGGCUGCAAACUGGGACCCAGAAGCCAAUGGGGGACUGGGAGACUGGAGAACUGAUGGCUGUUACAUUACUGAGAUCGUCAAAAACUACACCACAGUACACUGUCAGCGUCCCUCUAUAUUUGCAGUGAUUGAGAGCUCCACAGCUCCUGAGGUCUUACCCCUGAAGAUGUUCCAGCUGAUGCACGUUGCAGUAUAUGUCGGAAGCUGUGUGUGCCUUCUUUGUUUGAUGGCUGUUAUCAUCACUUACGUGUCGUGCUUUAGAUUUAUUAAUGUGCCUAAGAAGAUGAAGCACUCGGUGAUCAACAUCAGUGUUUGUAUCCUGCUGCUCAUCAUUGGAUUCACCAUGGGAGUCAAACGCACAGAUCAUUUCCUGGCAUGUCAGAUUGUCGGAAUUUCCUUACAUUACUUGACACUGUGUGCCAUUUUCUGGAUAACGAUUACUUCAUAUAAUAUGCUGAAGAAAUUUUCCAAGGCAAAUAAACCCCCUGCCCCUCCCCCAGAAAUGCCAGGCAUGCCCUUACCCCCUAAGCCAAUGAUUCGCUUUUACCUGCUGGGAUGGGGAGUUCCAACCAUCAUUUGUGGAAUCACAGCUGCUGUUAGCUUGGAUCAUUAUGCUGAACCAGAAUAUUGUUUCCUGGCCUGGGAUCCCAGUCUAGGAGCUUUCUAUGGUCCUGUGGCUUUACUCGUCAUCUUCAAUCUGGUGUUCUUUCUGAGGAUAUCGUACGUAAUUCAGGGGAGUACUAACAAUCUCAAUGAAUCCAACCACACAGAAGAUAUUAAUGAAAUUGAGCUUACUCAUAAUGCGGACGACAACACAGAAAUUCAGGCUCUAACUCGGACAAAUAACCAGAGUAACAUCGAGCCGUCAUUUGGGGAGGACUCUGAAACUCGAUCCUUAGUGUCCAGCGUAGCUGACCAGGAGAAGAGGCCUCAGUCACAGUUAUAUGCGAUAAUUUCAAUUUUAUUUUUACUGAUCAUAUUUUGGGUCUGUGGUGCAGUUGCUGUUGCAGAACCUUUCAAAUCCAUUAUUCCUAUGCAGAAACUGAUCUUCAGUUAUCUCUAUGGAAUUACUUGUGCCAUAUUUGGAAUAUUUAUGUUGUGUUAUUUUUGUUUGUCAAGAAAGGAUUCGUGUUCCAGUUGGAGACGCUUCUUUUUUUGUGAAAAACAUCCUUUAUAUGACAUGAACUACCAGGCAGCCAAUCACGGUGGACUUAGUAAUGGUCAUGUGAUCCAGGCUAAUGGUAACUUAGAUCCGCCAGUGAAAUCGUACAAUAUAACACAUGAAAUGCCUAAUGAAAGUGCAAAGCAAUCCAAUAUCAAUCUAGUCCCUGACAAUUCUAGUUCUUUAAUUGAAGAUUCUGUUAAUAAUGGUGCUCAUGAUGGUAAUACUAAAGUAUUCUACAACCCAAAACAGAACGGAGUUGCCAAAAAGUUUUGGGAUAAACAAAGACACAAUUCCCGGUACAUCAGCAGGGAUACCAUGAAAGACCUGAACGGAAGUGUGACAUCAUUCUCUGGAUCCGAGGCAAACAAUCGCAUGCAGACAAGUGGCAAUCAGAGUGAUGGAAAAUCUCAUCUGAGCAUUGAAAUUCAAAUUCAACCGAAAGGACUCUCCAACCACUCCCACAACACAAGAUCACCACUCCCCCCACAGUUCAGCAACCCUGUGGUAGUGCCUCACAAUGGAGUCCCUGGUCAGCGCACCCCAGUAUUUUGUAUGAUGCCCCUGGAUAGAAAUCAUAUCCCCCCGGUAGGUGGAUCAGGAUCCGUCAAUGCUACAAGCCCUUGCUGUAGCACCGUGUCUUUUUGUGACUCACAGGUUGUCUCUCAACAUACAAGGUCACCUAGUUCAUGUUCUCUUGGGUCAAGGUCACAUCCAAGUGCCUUCACUCCCGUGCAACAGAGAAAUAACACUUUACCUAAACCUCACAAGAUUUGUAAUGGCAAUACUCCUCAGCCACCUCCAACUUAUAAUGACUGUGUCAUCAAAAAUGGAUCAUUUUCUCGAAUAAGAGACUUUGAUGGACAGAGCCAGGUCAGUGAUGUUCGGUGUCAGAGUCCAAGGGAUCACAGUUUACACAGUGAAUCUCAUUUAAUGUUUCCCCCACCUGGGCCUCUUAGUGCUCAAGAAGGCUGUACAUAUAAACAGUAUGGAUCAGUAGAUGAUCACAUAACAAGUGAAUCACAGCGUUCUUACAGGGCACGUUCACAUUCAGGGGGAUGUAGUUCUGAUGCUAGUUCAAAAAAUUGCAGAAAAAGAGAAAACAAUUUUGUUCAGGAGGUGCAGCAAAGGAUUCCUAAUUCCGAGCCCUAUAUGUACAUUCAGUGUCGAUCUCCCAACCACCUGCCCCAACAAUCACAAAACAGCAAUUACCUGAGUCCAAAUGUGGAUGUUGGAAGCCACUCUGUACAAACUAAACUCUCUCCCCCUGAUAGUGACAGUGGUAUUAAUUACAAAAAAAAUCGACUUAAUGACUCUGAUCACAAUUCAGAACCAAGCACCUCACAUCAUCUAAGGAAACCAAAGGGCCACAGCCACCAUCGGAACAUGCGUCACUCAAAGGGAAAUCCAAAACAGAAAUUUGAGUGGGAGAAAAAUUAUUCCAAAAACAAGCCUGUUCCUUAUGCGUAUGUGAAUCAUAACUAUGCAGAUAGGGUAAGACAGAAAUUGAACUCUCAGAGCUCAAUGGAGGCCAAAAAUUACUGGGGAUCUCCCAGUAUGGAGGAGGAUUCAACUUCUUCUUCCGGGGAUGAAGCAUGCUUCGAUCACAAUGUGUGGGUGCUACAAAACCAAAGGAAGCUGAAACGAAAGAAGGAAACCAGUGUAUAACUGUGUAUAUCUCCAAGUAAAUUAUUGUGAUUGUUUAUUUUCACUUACUGUAUCAGUGCAAUUCCAGUGUUGUGUAAUUUUUGUACCUUGAUGUAGUUUUCAUGUAAGUGGCAUUUAGAUAAAAUUAUCUCCAUUUACUUGUGAAACACAAUGGCCAAAAUUAAUAACUGAAGUUUUCUUCAUCAUAAUACAUGUACAUGAACACUUUUCCGUGAGUUACGUCCCUUUGUGUGGUCAGCGAAAGGUCAAUCGGUGAAAAGAAAAGUUUUCCUUCUUUAUCCUUCCAAAUGUAAGAGGUUACUUCUGUUAAUUAUAGCUAAUUAUUAAGUUUUUAUACAAGUUUAUUGGUUGCCCUACUCUGGUGCAUUAUUGUAGUUGACUGCAAUUGAUGGGAAAAUAACAAAUGUCAAAGCUACAGAUCAGAAAAUUUCAAAGGCCAAUGUAGGGAAUUUUUUUUUCACCAUAGAUUGCAGACAAGGGACAGAACUAGCACGAAGUGUUGGUACAUGUAUUAACCGAGUCUGGUUUAGCAUUGGUGCUGUGUCACUCUGUCAUGUUGCCAGAGUCAUGUCUUUGCUGCCCUUUAUCAGAGUAAUCUGAUCAACUCAUGUUAUCACCUUUAAAUUAAACAUAUGAUAUGAUAUGGAAUGAAGGUCAUUUCACUGUGAUCAAAUUUUUAUGGCAAUGAGAUAUUAAGAUUGUUUAGGGCUUCCUUACUGGGGUGACGGCAUACUACCAAUGCUCUAAAGGCAUUGCAUUAUCUUUGGUCAAGGUCAUGUCACUAAGGUCAAAGACAGUGAGCACAAAGUUUAAAUUGUAUCCAGGCUUUUACUCUGCUUCCCUUGCUUUUAGUAAUUGUUGUAUGUUGUUGACCAUGACCCAAUGGUGUGUCAUGAUGUUAAACCAAGGUCAAGAACAUAAGGCAAUAAAGCCUCUAAAUUUAAAGAAGCUUUUUCUUCAAAACUUUCUUAUGCGUAUGACUUGGACCUAAAAUUGCUUGUUAUAAAGGCCAGUUGUGAAUGAAUGGUUGAUGGACGGCAUUUGUGUUACCCUCGGUAAUUUAAGUUUGAAGUUGACAUUUUAGUCAAUCUAUUUGUUUUAGAUUUUAAAAAAAAGAAUAUGCAGCAUGAAUGAAUAUUCAUAUUAUAGGCCAAAUGUAUAACGGGUAUUUUCUGUGGAUAGAAAUUUUUGCAAAAUGGUUCCUUAAAAGGUAGCAAAUCAUAUUCUGCAUAUCUCUCUCCCUCUCUCUCUCUCUCUCUCUCUCUCUCUCUCUAUCUAUACAUACAUAUAUAUAUAUUCUCUCUUUAUAUAUAUAUAUAUAUAUACAUGUGUAUAUGUAUAUGUGUAUAUAUAUAUAUAUAUAUAUAUAUAUAUAUAUAUCCAAUAUCCAAUAAUAAAAGUCCAGAAACACAAAACUCCAAUAACAUUUCACUGUUAGCGCUAACAGUGAAAUGUUAUUCGAGUUUUGUGUUUCUGGACUUUUAUUAUUGGAUGUAUUUACUGUAUCAAAUACCGAAUUCUUUAUUUACAAACUAUAUAUAUAUAUACAACUGUAGAAAAUACCCGUAAUACUGUAAAUUUUAUAAAAGAUUAUCAAUUAAAAAAAGAAGAGUGGAAUGAUUAUCGUGAAUAUGAUCUUGACACCCUCUGUUUGUUAUAUUUCUGUAUAGGAUAUACAGGUGACCUUCACACACUGGUGACUGACUUACUAUGCCAGGAUGAUUUUUCACUUCCACUGAGGUUGAUACUUAGAUAUUCAUAGUUUCAAACUAAUUGAAAAAGUAAGGAUUCUAAAUGAGAGCAUAAUGUUGCCACUUGCUGUGAUAUGAAAUAAAAGGUCAUAUGUCAAAAUGAAAGAGCAUUUACAUUUGAAAUUGUUCAUUUUUUAUGACUCCAAGGUUUGAUUUGUAACAGGUAUUGUUUGUAUAACCUGAAGGUUCAUUCAGUGUAAUGUUGUCGAGUCACUGGGUAAAAAGAUAAUGAAGUCCUAACUUCAAACUUUUGUAUGUUGUGUCCAUGUAAUGAAAGAUGUGCCAUGAUGUGGAGACAAAUGUCUCCAAGGUUAAGAAUUUAAUGGUAUCUUUGAAUUCAGUUUGCAAAUCUCCUUCACUUUUCAAUAUGUGGUUCCGAAAUGGGAUAACGGUAGAUUCAAGUUUUUGCCAAUAAGAGAUCUUUGAUAGAUGUAUUAUUAAAUUUUGUCAAAUAUUUUUUUGUCUUUUUCCUUCAUUUUUCUAAUAUGGUCUUCAUUACAUUUUGAGGAACUGCUUUGUCUUUUCUGUUUUAGGAAAGUUAUAUGAACCAGGAUUCUGCAAAACAUUUGCCUUUCCUACUAGUCCUCUUAUUGUGGAUAGGUGGGUGAAGAAUAUUGUAAUUUGUGGAAUUUAAUGACAGAUCCAAGCAUGAAAUUAUUAAACCUCUAAAUUUGCCUGAAUGUAGAAAAUAUUUUGAAAUUUUUCUGUACUUUUGCAAACAUUUUCCUCAGAAACUUACCUAGUUUAAACGAUCUCAAGGGGAUUGAGAUGAAUUUCAUAUUGUGAACUCAAUUACUUAACAGUUUUAGAGGAUUUUCUACUCAGGGAUUAUUGGGAAUUGGAUGACAUUUCCAUCUUGUAGUUACAAUGUAAUAUCAAUGACAUACACAUUAAAGAAUGUGUAGAUUGUUAAAAUUGCAUGAAAAGGUGGGAACUAAUAUUUAAAUUAAUUGAUAUUUUACAUAGGUCUAGUAAUGUUUUAAGUGAAGAAAUAUGUUAGUUUUUAACCAGAAUAGCAUUUCUAUGACAUUUGUUAGUGUGCGUUUUUUUUUUUUUUCUAUCGAGAAUGGUUUGUGAACACAGAUUUUUACAGAUAAUUAUGCAUCAUUUUUUCAUUGACUUUUAUAUCUGGCAUUAAGUGUAUUGACCUUAUUUGGGUCAUUUGUUUUUGGUACAGUAUACAUUUCUCUUGUCUUAUUUAUUUAUCAUAUUUUGUAUACAUGUACAUCUAAUAUGUUAUGACCUUAGAAAAUUCGUCAUUUUGUAUUGGUUCCCUUUAAAUGUGAUUUGUGUAAAUAUUUUAAACAAAUUAAAACUCCUAACUGUAA